AUGGCUGAUGCCGGUGCCCAGGUGCGGCAGCGCCGCCGCGGUGUGCCUGCUGCCCAACCGGACGGGCCUUUGGCCGCGCCGGGGCCUGGCGCGGCCGGGACCUCCAGCCACCCGGGUGCCCCCGCCAGCUCGGCGGCUCGGCCCGUCCGGACGCCGCUGCUCUCACGCGUGGCGGCUCUCCUGCUGGCCGGCCUGGCCGCCGGGGUAGCCUGCUGCUUCAUUCUCCUCUUCCUGGGAUCCAAAAGCCCAUCGGUGACCUUUGGCCGCCUUACCCCGGACCAAGGGUCUCUCAGCAACCCUUCCAUCAACCAGGUGGAUGAGUUUCUGUCCUCCGUGGGCUUCCCGACGGCCGAGGAGACGGCAGAUGCCGUGCGUGAGCACCUUCCCCCCGCCACGGCCGAGGGGAAUGUCACCACCAAGUCGGCCGGGCACUUCGACCGCGCGAUCAUCCUGAUGGUCGAUGCCCUGCGAUCGGACAUGGUGUUUGAGCCGGCUCCCGCGCUGGGAGCCGAUUUCGCCGCAGCCGCGGCCGAGCUUCAGCGUCUUGGCAUUGACCGGAGCCUCGAUGGCUCGCUGCUUCGGCCGGCCGGCAGCCCGGCGGCCCCGCCGCCCCUCGACGAUGACACCGCGCAGGCCUCCAUCACGGCCACACUCUGUCCCAAGGGCCUGACCACGGUGUCGGCGGCGGCUCUGACUGCCGGCGGCCGAGCCACCGCGCCCGAUGCCUUCGACUGGGCGGCGGCCGAGGCCCUGUCCAUUCGCCGCCAUCGGGAGGCCGGCCUGCAGGCCGACUUGCAGGCUGGUCGCGAGGUCCCCGGCAACGAGAUCCACCCCUUCGACUUUACCCGGCGACUGAUUCGCGCCGGGCGUGCUCUGCCCUUCCGGGCCUUCGCCCACUCGCCGACGGUCACCAUGCCGCGCAUCAAGGCCAUCGUCUCGGGCACAAUCCCCUCCUUCAUGGACUUGGUGUACAAUCUGCUCCCGAUGGGCGGCGAUGCCGGGGCGCCGGACCCGGCGGACGGCGGUGCGCCCGCAUCGUCGCGCGGCAGCGAGGCCUUCGCCUAUGACACGCUGAUGGCGCGGCUCCGGCAGGCCGGCAAACGCCUGGCCUUCUAUGGUGAUGACACCUGGCUGCGGCUGUUCCCCGGCUCGUUCGACCGGUUCGAGGGGACUACGUCCUUCUUUGUCAGUGAUACGGUCGAAGUGGACCGGAACGUCACCCGGCACUUGGACGCGGAAUUCAGCCCGAGCACCGACCCGUGGGACCUGCUGGUCCUGCACUACCUUGGCCUGGACCAUGCCGGCCACCUGGAGGGGCCGCGCAGUCCGAGCCUGAUGCCGCAAAAGCAGCGCGAGAUGGAUUUGGUCCUGGCCCGGGUGUGUCGCGGCGCCCGGGAGGCCGACACGCGCGAUGGCAAGCGCACGGUCGUCGUGCUGCUCAGCGAUCACGGCAUGAACGAGAUUGGCAACCAUGGCGGCGCGUCCGAGGGCGAGCGCUCGGCCAUCGCCCUGUUUGUGGCGCCAUCCACUGAGCAUCCCCUGCCGCGCGAUGUGGCCUACUGGACUGGGAGUCCGGAGGGAACGGUUUGCCGGCGUACCCGGCGGCCGGAGUUCGACCGCGAGCGUGACAGCAUCCCGCCGACCAUGGACCAAAUUGACCUGGCCGCGUCGCUGGCUGCCCUGCUCGGGGUCCCUGUGCCGGCGGACAAUGUCGGCCGUGUGGUCCCCUCCCUGGCUCGGUUGCCUGUUCCCCCUGUCUCGACCCUCGACGGGCAGCUGGCCAUGUCGCUGGCUUCGGCGCAGCAUUUCGCCUCGAAUGCCCAGCAGCUGGCACGCUUGUGGUUUUGGUCGCCUGGCGGAGCGGUAGCCGCCGGGGCGGUCCCGCCGCCAGUGGCCCCGGCCCGCCGGCAGCAGGUCCCCAUCGGCUCGCCGUUGGCCUACCUUCUGUCGCUGGUGGAGCAAUUCACCGGCCGGAAGUUGGCGUACGGUCGGCCGCGCGCGCCACCGGCCGCCCCCGGGCCAGGGCCCGACCAGAGCACCGACCCCACGGCGUUGGAUGCUUUGGUGUCGGCGGUGUCCCUGCAUCGGGAGUGCUUGGGCAACCUCCAGGCCGGGCUGGGCUUGAAGGAUCAGGCCUCCGAGGCGCGCCAGGCCCUGGCCAUGUCGGCCCUGGCGCACUGCGACGCGGCCACGGUGGCCUACGAUUCCUUCCUGAAUGCCGCGCAUCUGGCCCUGGUCCGGCAGGCAACCUCCCGCACGACCGACUUCACCAAACUCAUGUACUUGGCCUGCUGCCUGCUGGCGGUGGCCUACUUUGCCUUGCAUGCGGCUCUCUUCCCGCGGGCGAACUUUGCCUUCACUUCGGCCCGAUCCAUUUUCACGGUUCUGCCUGCCCGAGCGGUGAUCUUGGCCGGCAUUUGCUGGGGCGGCUUCCUGCUGCUGGACCGUCUCCGGCCGGAGUCGCCCUUGCGCCCGGCGGCCCUGAUCAUCCCGGUGGGCCUGGUGCUGGAGCCGCACCUGCGCCAGGGGAUGCUGUCCACCGGCGACAGGCGCAUGGUGGAGCUGCCCCUCGCGCUGGUGGCCUUCCUCGGCUACGAGGCGGCCAGUCUGACCAAGCGCCUGGCUCGGCUGACCGAUCGCCCGACAGCCAGCCCCUGGUGGGGGUAUCUGGCCCUGCUGCUGGUGGUCGCCCAGCCGCUGACCUUCCUUUCGAGCAGCUUCGUCGAGGAGGAGCAUUUUGUCUGGCUCUAUGGGCUGAGCUCGGUGCUCCUGUUGCUGGCCUGGCGCGAUGCCUCGAAGUCCUUCGACGCCAGCUCGUGGACUCUCGGCCGGCUGGCGCGGCUCCUGUGGCCGGCCCUCCUGGCCCGACUCCUGUACAUCUGGAACCCCAUGGGUUUCCUCGAGUACGCGGUGAGCGGCCCAGUGCGACGCUUCUUCGAUGACCAAACUGGCGGGCUCCUGCGACCGGUGCUGGCGGACCUGCUGCUGGUGCUGGCGGUGGGGUGGGGGCCGGCGCGCACGCGCCCGGGCCCCGGGCAAGCUGCUCUCGGCCUGGGGUCGGCCUUGGGUGCCCUGCCGGUGGUCCUCCACCGGUCGCGCCUACUGGCCGCCCCGGGGCCGUUGGCUGAUCUCCUUGCGCGCGGGUUCUACCUCGUGUACUUGCCGGGGCUGGCGGUCGCCGCGUGGCUCGCGUGGAUCACCCGGCGUGGGCCCACCGGUCGCGGCGCUCACCUGGCCCUCGUGCGACUGGUCUUCCUGCAUACGGUGCUAUUGAGUCGGUCGCACCAGGCGGCCCUGCUGCUGGUCAUCGUGGAGCUGGGCCUGUACUUGGCCGAGGCGGCGCCCCUGCCCGGGACCAUGGCUGCCAGCCCGAGGGCCGACCUUCUCGGCGUGGCGCGGCAUCUGGGCCCGCUGGCCGUGCGGCUGGUCCUGGCCCGGGCAGCCUUCUUUGCUCUUGGCAACACCAACAGCAUUGGGACCAUCGAUUUUGGCGGAGCCUACACCGGGCUGCCGGGGUUCUACCCGCCGGUGGUGGGCGCCCUGUCGGCGGUGGCCCUGUUUGCCGGGCCGCUGUUGGCGGUUCUGGCGGCUGGAACUCCGGCCGCGGGGGCCCCGCCCGGUGGUGGACCCUCAUUUGGCCUGGCUUGGGUGGGCUUGGUGUGCUGGCCUGCCGGCUGGGCGUUGGUCUCGGCCACCAUCAUGCGGGGCCAUCUGUUCAUCUGGACGGUCUUUGCCCCGCUGCUCAUCUACCAGGCGGGCUGGCUGCUGGCCCUCCUGCCGAUCGGCCUACUGGGCCUGGCAUCGGCCUAGACCAUGCGCACAAAAGCCACACUCGCAUGCACAUACACACACACACAUACAUAUAUAUAUAUGCACAUAUGUGUAUCAUGCUUGCAGGUGUGUGUGUGUGUGCAGAUGCUAACCGGAGAAAGUGGAGCCCAUGAACGUGCUCCUGGUGCCAUCUGCCCAAGGCUGGGGAGAUGCACAUUUAGAAAUAUAUAUUUACAUUUUUCGUUGUUCCAAAGGCCCCUCUGGCACGGGGAGGGUGUGCGUUUGCCGGCACAUAAUUGGUGCAUGCAUAUUUUCAUG